UAAUUGGGUUUUUUUUUUUUAUAAAGCGUAUUACAUAAAAAAAACGAGAAUGCCUAAGAAGCGAAGAAAUGCAGGACGAUCUAAACAUGGUCGUGGACGUGUUGUUAAUGUUCGCUGUACAAAUUGCGGUGGAUGUUGCCCUAAAGAUAAGGCAGUAAAACGCUUCAAUGUACGUAAUAUUGUCGAUGGAUCGUCUCGUAAGGAUAUUAGCGAGGCGUCAGUUUAUAAGAGUUAUAAUCUACCAAAAUUAUAUAUUAAACAGCAUUACUGCAUUUCUUGCGCUCUUCAUUCACGUAUUGUUCGUUCUCGUGCUCGAACGGAUCGCAAACUUAGACGUGUUCGUAGUACAGCGGCUUCCGUUCUUAACAACGCAAAUCAAGAAAAUAUGAAUCAUGCUUAAAUAAUAUUUAUUGCAUCUAAAUGUGGUCAAAAUGCAUUUGGCUUUAUUUAUUUUGGAGACGUAUAAACAUUUUAUAUAUUUUUCUUUUAAAUCUUUGGUUUCAUAAAUUAAAAAAAAAAAAAGAAAAUUCUUUAUUUUAGAAAUGGUAGAAUUAUUAGGCAAUUUUUUUUUGGGAAAAAAAACUAACUCGAAAGAAAUUCGUAGCUUUUUACUCUUUGUAUAGG